UGCGCUGUAUGGAAAUGAGAGAGAUAGGGUCCAGGCAAAUUUUGGUUUACAUGGGUUACUUGUACAAGUACUUGAAGGAAACAAACAGGGCUGAGUAUGUGUCGUUUGUGGAUCCCAACAAAAUACCAGCCGCUCAAGAUGGCAGUACCUCUUCACAACACAUUGCUAAUCAGUUGAAAGCAUCAAACGGAGACAGCAUAUGCCUUAUCCCAUACAACACUGGUGGAGUGAGGACGUACCUUUGUAUGAGGGGUAAUCCAAAACGACCAACUUUCAAACAGUUGACGGGUAAUCUCAAACAACAAGGUUGUGUUGAAUGUGGAUAUUGUGUCAUGCGGUACAUGAAGGAGAUUGUUGAAUGUGAGGAUCUACAGUUGGAGAGGAAGUUUGCAGGUUGUGUGAAGAACCAGUACUAUACGCAGACACAAUAUGAUGAAGUGAGAAUUGAAUGA